CACGCGCCGCGCGCUCUGCCUUUUUCUUGUUCUUUUUUCUUUUACAAUUGUCAUGGGAAGACUCGUUCGACUAGAAGUCGAAAAUUUUAAAUCCUACAAAGGUCAACAGACCAUUGGACCUUUCCACAAGUUCACCAGCAUUAUUGGUCCCAAUGGUUCAGGCAAAUCCAAUCUCAUGGAUGCCAUUUCUUUUGUUCUUGGUGUCCAUUCCUCUCACCUACGAUCUCAAAAUCUACGCGACAUGAUUUAUCGACCUAGCGCGCUUCGACAACAACAAAAGCAAAGCAAUGGGCACAGUAAUAGCAAUAAUGGUGCUGAUGCGCAGCAACAACAGCAGCCUGACCGUGGUCACGUCAAACUCGUAUACGAAACGUCCGAAGGCCGCGAGAUUCGGUUUAUGCGUAUUGCUCAUCUCUCUGGUCAAGCCGAAUACCGAUUGAACGACCAAGUCGUGCCCUAUGCUGAAUAUAAUGCUGCGCUCGAGAAAGAAAAUAUCUUGGUCAAGGCUAAAAACUUCUUGGUGUUUCAAGGUGAUGUCGAAUCCGUUGCAAGUCAGAACGCAAAGGAUUUGACAAAGCUAGUCGAACAGAUUAGCGGGUCGUUGGAGUACAAAGAAGAAUAUGAUCGGUUGAAAAAGGAACAGGAUCGUGCAAUUGAUGACAGUGCCCAUACAUUCAACAAAAAGCGAGGCAUCACAGCAGAAAUCAAGCAGUAUCAGGAGCAAAAGAAGGAGGCAGAGAACUUUGAACGCCUUGUACGUCAGCGCCGUGAUGUUGUAGUCGAAUACUUGUUGUGGAAGUUGUAUCAUGUUGAACAAAGAUCAAAUGCACUGGAGCAAGAAGCUUCGGAACGACGUAUGGCUGCGGAUGGUGCAACUGAAGAUCAGAAUCAACUAGAAAAGCAGUUCAAGGAAGCAAGAAAGACCGCUGCCUUGGCUCAUCGAGAAAAAACCAAGACAGAGUUGCAAGUCAAAAAACUAAAGAAACAGUUGGAAGAACAGGGUCCAGAGCUGUUGGGAAUGGAAGAACAGGUCAAACAUAUCCAAAAGAAAUUGGAUCAGACUAAAAAGACUGGUGACCGUCUGAAGCGUGAGCACGAUCAACAGGCCGAAGUGGUGCAAGGUUUGGAGCAAAAUAUGUCCAAACUGCAAAAGGCGUCUCAAGAAUACGAAGAGUCAUUACCCAAGAGUGGACUGGUGCAGGGACCUAUAUUAACACCUGAGCAGAUUGAAGAAUAUGAACAACUGAAGCAACAAGUGAGCAUUCGCGCAGUGAACGAAGAACAUCAAUUGGAAAACUUGCGACGCCAACACCGGAUGGAGCAAGAAAAUCUCAAACGGAUCGGUUCGAAGACUGAAGAGUUCCAAACGAGAAAGGCCCAGCUGCUUGAAGAUCAGCGUCAACUGAAUGAAGAUGGUAAUGCUCUCACUGCUGAAGCACAAACGGUCUCGCAGGAACUACAAGUGCGCAAGAAAGAGCUUGAAGCAUUAGAGCACGAGCGAAAAACUACCCAUCAACGCGAGGUCGAAUUAAACGAACAGCUUCAAACAAUCCUAAACAAGUUGAUGGAAGCCAAGAUUGGUCAAAAAGAGUCAGAGAAGGAAAGCAAAUUCACUGAAUGUUUGAAUCUGAUGAAGCAGAUCUUUCCUGGCAUGCAUGGGAAACUUUCCGAUUUAUGCAAACCAACACAAAGAAAGUAUGAUGCUGCAGUAGCUACUGUUCUAGGCCGUAACAUGGAUUCCAUCAUUGUUGAUGAUCAAAGGACAGCUAUUGAAUGCAUCCAGUAUAUGCGAGAUCAACGUGCAGGAACGGCUACUUUUAUACCACUAAGCUCAAUUAGCGUACCUCCACUGAACGAUCGGUUCCGGAACUACACCCGUGGCAGUCGUCUGGCCAUUGACAUUAUCGAAUGUGACAAGAAAUUUGAAAGUGUGAUCCAGUAUGCUUGUGCCAACAGUCUAGUCUGUGACAACCUUAAUAUUGCACGGGACAUUUGCUAUAACAAGAAUGAACAAGUUAAAGCGGUGACAUUGGACGGUAGUGUCAUUCAUAAAAGUGGCUUAAUGACGGGUGGCCACGGGAGCAAUCAACAACAUCCUCGAUGGAAAGAACGAGAUAUUGACGGGUUAAUGCGAACGCGUGACAAGCUGUUGGCUGAGUUGAACGAGUUGAACAAACGCAAACGCAUGGGAAGCGCGGAGCAAGCUGCAAAGAGUGGCUGUGCUGGUCUUGAAGCUCAAUCAGGAGUACUGCGUGAAGAAAUUACUACAUUGGAAAGAAAGCUGCAGGACGUGCAGGGUGAGCUUCGGUAUGUGGAGGAGCAGAUUUCCAACGCCGAUGCCCCUUAUGCCCAGGCUCAAGAAAAACUAAACAGCUUGUCAGCAAGUAUCGAGCAAACCAAAGCCAUUAUUGCCCAAGUUGAGGACGAAAUCUUUGGCGAUCUGUGCCAACGACUCAACAUUGAGAAUAUCCGAGAAUACGAAAAAUUGCGAUUCGGACUACCCGAAGAAGUGAUUGAAGCGCGUGCACAAUUUGCUGCCCAGCGCUCUCGUCUGGAAACCCAGCUUUCGUUCGAAAAGGAACAAUUUGCAGAGCUAGCACAGCGCUUGACUACGUUGGAAAAGCAGUACCAUGACGACAGUCAGAAGAUCGCACAGCUUCAGAGUAAUGCAAGUGCGCUUGCGGAUCGACUCAAGGCUGCCAAGGAAGAUAUGGCUUUGUUAAAUGCUGAGCUGUAUGAAAAAACCAACGACGAGGACGAACGGCAGCAGGCUAUCAAUGACUUACGGUACAGCUUGGAAAGUAAGGGACGUGAUGUGGAGUCGUACCUCAAGGAGAUGCUCAAGUUUGAAACCGAAAUUGAAAAGGCUCAUGCCGAGCGUGUAUCCAUCUUCCGCAAGUGUAAGCUUGAGGAUAUUGAGUUGCCCAUGGCCCGAGGAACGUUGGACGAUGUGAUUAUGGAUGAAAGCACGAUUCUGGGUAAUCAAGAUACUGCUUCCGGAAACUCGAUGGAUUUAGACGAUUCUUCACAGGCAUCGAUCAAGUCAACAGACUGGAUGGUUGAGGUGGACUAUACAAGUUUGGGUGAAGAGCUACGUGAUGACAAUGACGCUGAACGCGAAACCAAGUUCAAGGAUAACAUUAAAGAGCUCAGUGAUAAGAUUGAGCAAAUGGCACCGAAUCUGAAGGCUAUUGAUCGACUUGAAGGGGUUGAGCAACGAUUAAAGGAUGUUGAAGAGUCCUUUGACAAUGCACGAAAGGCUGCUAAGCGGGCUAAGGAAGAAUUCAAUAAUGUCAAGCAAAAGAGAUACAAGCGUUUCUAUGACGCCUAUAGUCAUAUUUCUGAACGCAUCGAUGAAAUAUACAAGAACCUUACCAAGACAGCCAAUUUUCCAACCGGUGGUACUGCGUACUUGAGUCUAGAAGACACGGAUGAACCCUACUUGGAUGGUAUCCGGUACCAUGCGAUGCCUCCCAUGAAACGGUUCCGUGACAUGGAUCAAUUGUCCGGUGGUGAAAAGAGUAUUGCAGCCCUUGCAUUACUGUUCGCUAUCCACAGCUUUAAACCCUCACCGUUCUUUGUACUUGACGAAGUGGAUGCAGCGCUGGAUAACACCAAUGUGGUGAAGAUUGCCACCUAUAUCCGGGAACAUGCCAAUGAUGCUUUCCAAUUUAUCGUCAUUUCGCUCAAAAACACGCUCUAUGAAAAGGCCGAAAGCUUAGUAGGAAUUUAUCGAGAUCAGGCAAUCAACUCUAGUAAAACCUUAUCACUCAUGCUCGACAACUAUCCCGAGAACAACUAGACAGUACGUGGUGGUUCUUCCUUACCAAGCUUUUAUCACUGUAAUAAAGAAACCAAUACUUUCGGAAACGG